AUGAGAAAAGAAAUAAAUCAGUUACGUUUAGAGAAUUCAACAUUGAAAACGCAAAUUUCGGAAUUGGCUAGUGAAGUUGAAAACUUGCAACAGUCCUUACAGUUUUCAGACGCUGAGCAUUCUAAUCUCAAGAAGCGUAUCGAUGAAAUUACCACUGUAUCCCAUGCUACUAAUAAAAACAAUGCCGUAUUGUUACUAGAGGAAAAAAAUUACAGUAUAAAACUACAAGCAAGACAGUGUAAUUUAGAGAUUUCUAAUGUUGCUGAAAAGAAAGGUGAGAAUCUUCUUGCCUAA